UGUAAUUCUUCAUGGAAAUAGUACCUUAACGUACAGCUGUCAUACAUUGUAUUUAUUGGUUGUAUAGCAAUUUAUAUUUACAUUCAAAACAAAGUUAAAUAGUGUACAUUUUUUAACAAGUUAAAAUUCAAUUAUAAUAGAUACUAUAAAUUAUAUCAAUGGAGACAGUUCCUAAAGAUUUACGUGGAUUAAGAGCUUGUUUAGUAUGCUCUUUGGUUAAGACAUUUGAUCAAUUUGAAUUUGAUGGUUGCGACAAUUGUGAUGAAUUUUUACGCAUGAAGAAUAAUAAAGACAAUGUUUUUGAUUGUACAAGUUCUAACUUUGAUGGUAUGAUUGCUGCAAUGAGUCCUGAAGAUAGUUGGGUUUGCAAGUGGCAAAGAAUAAAUCGAUUCUGUAAAGGCGUAUACGCAAUAUCGGUGUCAGGUCGAUUACCAGCGGGUGUUAUAAGAGAGAUGAAAAGCAGAGGGAUAGCGUAUAGACCACGCGAUACAAGUCAACGAUAAUUUUGAACUUAUUAGUAUCAAAUGUGAUUGUUACCUGGACAUACGUUUGAAUGAGAAUAAAAAGACGGAUGCCGCAUCACCGGCAACUGACUGUUAACACAAUUAAGCCAUAGA